AGUCGGCGGCGGGGGCCCGCGGUCGGUGCGCGACCCGGACUGGCGGUGGUUUCCGGUUCCGCGGGGCUGGCGGGCGGGCGGGCAGCCGGGAGCGGCGGCGGCGGCGGCGGCGCCCGACAGACAAUGAGGGCGGCGGGGCGGCGCUGAGCGGCGGCGGCGGCGAGCGACGCGGGGCCCGGGGGCGGGGCGGGGCGCCAGCCAUGGACAAUCAGUGCACUGUCCAGGUCAAGUUAGAGCUGGGACACCGUGCCCAACUGCGCAAGAAGCCCACCACGGAGGGGUUCACCCACGAUUGGAUGGUGUUUGUCCGUGGCCCCGAGCAAUGUGAAAUCCAGCACUUCGUGGAGAAAGUGGUCUUCCGGCUGCACGACAGCUUCCCCAAGCCCAAGCGCGUGUGCAAGGAGCCCCCUUACAAAGUGGAGGAGUCGGGUUACGCGGGCUUCAUCAUGCCCAUCGAGGUGUACUUCAAAAACAAGGAGGAGCCCCGGAAGGUUUGCUUCACCUAUGACCUGUUCCUGAACCUGGAGGGCAACCCGCCCGUGAACCACCUGCGCUGUGAGAAGCUCACCUUCAACAACCCCACCAUCGAGUUCCGGUACAAGCUGCUGAUGGCUGGCGGGGUGAUGGUAAUGCCCGAAGGAGCAGAAACGGUGUCCAGGCCCAGCCCCGACUACCCCAUGUUACCCACAAUUCCACUCUCUGCCUUCUCUGACCCCAAGAAGACCAAACCGUCCCACGGCUCCAAGGACGCCAGCAGGGAGAGCAGCAAGGCCUGCAAGACCCACAAGACCGCCAAGGAGCACCGGGAGCGGCCGCGCAAGGACUCCGAGGGCAAGGCCCCGUGCAAGGAGCCGGAGCGCGAGCAGGCCAGGAGCGCCAAGGACGCCGCGCGGAAGCUGGGCGAAGGCCGGCCGCCCAAGGAAGAGAAGGCCCCACCGGCCAAGGCCGCAUUCAAGGAGCCCAAGAUGGCCCUGAAGGAGACCAAACUGGAGAGCAUGUCCCCCAAGGGCGGGCCCCCGCCCCCGCCCCCCCCGAAGUCUUCCAGCAAGCGGCCAGCCGCCACCGACUCCCCCAAGCCCAGCGCCAAAAAGCAGAAGAAGAGCAGCUCCAAGGGGUCCAGGAGCGCCCCCAGCACCUCGCCCCGCACCUCAUCUUCCUCCUUCUCGGACAAAAAGCCAGCCAAGGACAAAGGCAGCGCCAAAGGGGAGAAGGUCAAGACCGAGAGCGAGCCCAGGGAGAUCAAAAAGCCCCCAGAGGUGGAGGAGUCCAACUCGGAGGACGAAGCCUCCUUCAAGACAGAGUCUGUGCAGUCGAGCCCAUCCAACUCCAGCUCCAGCUCCGACUCGAGCUCGGACUCGGACUUCGAGCCUUCCCAGAACCACAGUCAAGGCCCCCUGCGCUCCAUGGUGGAGGACCUGCAAUCCGAGGAGUCCGACGAGGACGACUCUUCGUCAGGCGAGGAGGCCUCUGGCAAGACGAACGCAGGGAGGGAUUCCAGGUUGAGCUUCAGUGACAGUGAGAGUGACAACAGCGCCGACUCCUGCCUGCCCAGCCGAGAGCCCCCUCCCUCCAAGAAACCACCCCCACCCAACAACAAGGCAUCAGGCCGGAGGAGCCCGGAGUCCUGCAGCAAGCCCGAGAAGAUCCUCAAGAGGGGCACCUAUGACAAGGCCUACACGGACGAGCUGGUGGAGCUACACCGGAGGCUGAUGGCCCUGCGGGAGCGCAACGUGCUGCAGCAGAUCGUCAACCUGAUUGAGGAGACCGGCCACUUCAACGUCACCAACACCACCUUCGACUUCGAUCUCUUCUCCCUGGAUGAGACCACCGUGCGUAAGCUGCAGAGCUACCUGGAGGCCGUGGCCACAUGACCCCGGGCCGGGUGCCGGGCCCUGUUGGCUGGGGCCCUGGGCGGCUGCAUCUGGGCCCCGCCUUCCUCCUCCGCUCUCGACUCCCCCACCCGCAGCACUGCCUUAGUGACCGCCCUGUCCUCGGCCCACACGGCCAGCUGCACUUUCCUCGUCGGCUCCCGGCCCACCGUCCCCACCACCUUAGCGGGAGCCCUGAGGCUGAGCGGGGGCCGGCCAGCGCCGCUGCUCCCCAACACGCAGGGGCCGUCCCCUGCGCCCCACUCGGAAAGCAGCGGGUGUUGAAGGCAGCACCGGCCUCGCUUCAGAAGGGGAGGAAAGGUGGCCGGUGGUGGGGCCCUCGCUCCAAGGAGGGGCGCGUGGCCUGGUCUCACUUCCCGGGCCUCUCUGAGCAGCCAGGGCACUGCCUCCAGCCUCCCCGAACGGUUCACACCCCCCCCAGUGCCCCCCCCCCCCCCCCGCGCCCCAGGAGCGCAGAGGGCCGCAGCCCCCCGCGGGCUCUCACUGUGCUGGGACUCUCUGUAUAGUUCUCUCUAG